AUGCUCGCCCUUCAAAGAUAUCCACAUUUACAUGGCUUACAGCUUGCAGAUUCCAGUCUUACUAAGGAUGUUCCAACAAACAUUGACAUUUUGAUUGGGUCUGAUCAUUAUUUCGAUGUUGUCACAGAUGAAAUUCGUCGAGGCCAAAGAGGUCCAGUAGCUAUCAACACUAUCUUUGGUUGGGUAAUCUCUGGUCCAACACAGAAUGCAGACAAAGAUAAUUCAUCAUCUACCAAUCUCAUCAUUCUGCGAGAAAAUUCGGAUCCAAUGAAGAAUAGUUUUGCUUUUGAAGACAAGAAUCAAGACUUAACAAACGAACUGCGUAGAUUUUGGGACACUGAAUCUCUUGGGAUCCAGGACGAGAAGAUGGGGAAUGAUAAUUUCCUCAACGAGUUAAUAUACCACAACGAUGAGAAACGCUACGAAGUAAACCUGCCAUGGAAAUCCGAAUCUCAUCCUGCAUCAAAUGGAUAUAUGAGGUGUGCGAAUCGCCUGAGACAACUCCACAAGCGUCUUAAGAAAGAUAAAGAUCUGCUCCAAGAGUAUGAUAAGAUUAUUCAACAACAAAUAACUUCUGGCAUUAUUGAACCAGUGCCUGAAGAGAAUGAUACUGAUGAAGAAGCUUACUAUUUACCACAUCACGGUGUCGUUCGGCAAGAUAAAGAAACUACCAAGUUGCGUGUGGUUCAGCAAAACCCGAUAACAGCAGUGUUUCCAUCAACGACUGUCUAGAAAGAGGUCCCAACCUGGUUCCGUACCUGUUCGAUGUGAUCAUCAAUUUCAGAGGAUACCCAAUCGGCAUGGUCGCAGACAUUGAAAAGGCAUUCCACCAAGUAAAGAUUGCACCAGAAGACCGACGAGUGGUUAGAUUCCUAUGGUUUGAUGAUCCAAGCAAAGAAAGACCCGAAAUUCAAAAGUACCAAUUCUGUCGAUUAGUGUUUGGCCUAGUCUCAAAUCCUGCCAUUUUAACGUCCGUACUGCAGCAUCAUCUCACUGUGAACGAUUCUUACACCGUCUUGUGUUGGAUUCGUAAUGACAAAACAUGGAAGCCUUAUGUUCAAAACAGAGUGAAGGAAAUCAGGGAACUUUUCGACCGAGAGAAAUGGAGAUUUUGUCCGGGAGAGAUCAAUAUAGCCGAUCUACCCUCAAGAGGUUGUUCUGCAAAGGAACUAGUUAGAAACCAUAGUUGGUGGAAAGGUCCCGAGUUUUUGAAUCAUUCACCCGAGUACUGGCCUCAAGAGCCACAACAAAGCUACAUCGAUAACGAGGAGAAAGCAUUAGCUGAAAUCAAGAAGACCUCACCAACCAUCGUGUACUCAAUGGCGAAUCCAUCAAUCAACAACGAUCAUGAAAGUUUCGAUAUCGGCGAUAUAAUAGACAUAAAUCGAUAUAGCACUAAAUUGAAACUGUUACGAGUAACAGCAACGGUUAUAAGAUAUGUGAAAAGAUGGAGAAACCCUCGACACAAAUUCGAAAGUGCUGAGUUGACGGCGCAAGAAUUACAGGAAGCCGAAAUAUGA